GCUCGCCUUUAUAGCCUCCAGUCAGACCCAGCAACCUACUGCAAUGAACCAGAUGGGCCCCCGGAGUUGUUUGACACCUGGCUUUCCCAGUUCUGCUUGGAGGAGAAGAAGGGGGAGAUCUCAGAGCUCCUUGUAGGCAGCCCCUCCAUCCGGGCCCUCUACACCAAGAUGGUGCCCGCAGCUGUUUCCCAUUCAGAAUUCUGGCAUCGGUAUUUCUAUAAAGUCCAUCAACUAGAGCAGGAGCAGGCCCGGAGGGAUGCCCUGAAGCAGCGUGCAGAACAGAGCAUCUCUGAAGAGCCUGGCUGGGAGGAGGAAGAUGAGGAGCUUGUGGGCAUUUCACCCACAUCUCCAAAAGAGGCCGAGGUUCCUGUGGCCAAAACUUCCACAUCCCUUGAAGGAGGACCUGGCCUCUGGAGCCCCUGUGAAGAGAAUCUGGUGACCCCGGUUGAGGCUCCAACAGAGGUGACUCCAUCGGAGAGCAGUGAGAGCAUCUCCCUCGUGACACAGAUUGCCAAACCUACCCCUGCAUCUGAGGCACCAGUGCUGCCCAAGGACCUGUCCCAAAAGCUUCUAGAGGCAUCUUUGGAGGAACAGAACCUGGCUGUGGAUGUGGGCGAGACUGGACCCCCACCCCUAGCUCAGUCCAAGCCCCACACCCCUGCUGGCCGCCCCAGCGGUCCAGAGCCCCGGCCUCCAGCCAGAGUAGAGACUCUCAGGGAGGAGGUACUCACAGACUUACGGGUGUUUGAGCUGAAUUCAGACAGCGGGAAGUCUACACCCUCCAACAAUGGAAAAAAAGGCUCAAGCACAGACAUCAGUGAGGACUGGGAGAAGGACUUUGACUUGGACAUGACUGAAGAAGAAGUGCAGAUGGCACUUUCCAAAGUGGAUGCUUCUGGUGAGCUGGAAGAUGUAGAGUGGGAGGACUGGGAAUGAGGGGAGCCAGAGCAAGCCGCUCCCCUACCCACAGCACUUCCCACCUCCCUCGCUCGUCUACGCCCGGCACUGGAAGACACUGACUAAGAAUGUCCCCCAAAUGGCCUCUGUCAGCCAGAGCUCUAGGCAGAUUCUGGGUUGUUCCUUGUUGGCCCUUUGGGCCUCUGCUCACAUCUGGGAAGGGGCUUGCUAAAUCCAAACCAGGAACUCUGACUUGUGCCAACCAUAGGAUGACCCAAGGGGGAGGAAACCUACCCCCCUCACCAGAAGAGCCUACACUUCUCUGCUGAACACCCACUGUUCCUGGGGACUCUUACUGGGAAGUCCCAACAGAUAGCCCUAGCCCAUCUGCCUGUGUAGGCAGAGGCCAAGCUACCAGUCUCUUGGAGGACGCAGAGACAACACACUUUGUCACCCAUAAGCAGGCAAAGAAGGCCAUGCCACCUGCCCUUGGCUAGACAGGGAUGGUGAACACAUUUUGGUUCCUAUCCCAGUGGGUAAGAGGCAUUCAUUUUUGGGAAAUUUGCCUCUCUUAGGAAUCUCCCCCUCCCAGGCAUCUUCCAUUCCUGGAAAGGCUCCUUGUGGUUCAGAAUCUAGAGACCAAACUCCCUCCUUUUACCCAGUCCAGGCUGGUAUGUCCCCAACGCCAUUCCCAAGGCUUCUUCAUGUCAGAUGCACCCGAGUCCUUAGCCCAGCUGUGCCACCUGCAAGAGUCUGCUCUUGCUCUUCUUCCCCUCCCCAAGAAGGGAGGGGGCCACUUCAGGCCCUUCUGUGUGUUGCCUGGCGGGGUACCUUGUCCAACCAGCUACCCACCUCGACUCCCCUGUAGCUUAGGACACAAGCCAGCUACCAGCGGUACAGAGCAGUGAUCAAAGCUGAGUACUUACAACUCUGGUAAGCCCAACUUCUCCGCCUCAACCCUUCUGCGUCUUGAAGGGAUAUGCUGGGGGUGAGCUUCUUGAGACUGUCAUCAGGUUUCUGCAAAAGCUCUUCUUCCUGAAGGCAGAUCCAAUCCUUGUGGCUCUCACCCUCCACUCUGGUAAAAGCUGCACCUCUCUUAGGGGGAUGAGGGGCUGCAGGAAUCCCUGGAGACCCUGGUGCUUCAUGAUGCUGCUCUGGUGAUUCUUGUACAUAAUCUGGUGUGUUCACCAAUGAUUUAAAGUGAUUGUGGUCAGGGACGCCAAGAGGGUGGUGGUCACUUCCACUUCAAACCUUCAAUGAGGGGGUGGGAUGGAGAGAAUGCUGAAUCUUUUUUUGAUGGGAUGGGGUUUUUCUCUUUGUAAUUAUUUCUUUAGUUUAAUUAACCUUUUUGUUGUUUGUGCAAUAUUAUAUAUUUUAAAUUAUAAUGUAUCUCCCCAGAGUAUUUUGUAGCCGGGAAAAGAAAAAAGGAAAAAAAAAAAAAAGACUCUAACAGCUGUUAGUUUUGUAAUUAAAAAAGAAAGAAAAAAGAACUUUGUCCUGAACCUUUUCCAGACUUGCCGUUAACAGCUAUUAAAGAGAUUCAACAGAA